AUGGGCGUUCGUUAUUCUUAUGAGCAAGGGUCUCCUAAUAGUAAAGCAAAAACAAUAAUUGAUCAAAACGAUUUUGAAAAGAUGAUGCCAAACGCUACGAAUGGUGUUCUCUUCUAUAACCCUGAAGCUAAUAAUGCAGAGCACGAGCAGGAACAAGAGCCUGAGAAGUCACAAAACAUACUAUUGCAUGAAAUGGUUGAGCAGCUUAAAAACUGUACCUUGAAAUCUGUGGAUAGCGAAGUAUUUGAUAAUGGUCCGUUCAAGCAUUCUUAUGCUAUGGGGAACUAUGCAGAUCAUCAUGUCACUUCUCCAUUCGAGCUUUCAACCACUCCUAUCGAAGUCAAUGAGAGUCGGUUGCAUAGAACAAUAGAAAUUCAAAAUAGAGCUCGGUUAGAAUCACAGAAUGAUACUUGCUUAUCUCCCAAGAGUGUACCCAGCGUGGGAGCCGGUCCAUUCCUUGAAGAGCCGGAACCAAGAUGCAAAAGCCCACAACUUGUUCAAAUGCAUACCUUCAGAGAUGCUGUUGAUGUUAAUUAUCAAAGAAUGGCUAUCACUGGAGAAGAAUUGAGCGGUGUUCCAUUGGAGGAUUUGAAAGAAGCUGCUCAUCAAUUAAUCGAAGCUAUGAGUUUGCGGUGUGAAUAUAUGGACUUGAUAGGGAACCAGUUCCCCACAACCACCAAGUGUUUUUUAACUGGAGUAUAUCCAAACGGCUUACCUAAAUAUCGAAAGAAAAACACACUGAGCAGUGCCAGUACUUCGUUCAACCCGCCCAAAGCCCCAGACGAUCAUUGGGGACUUCUUGAUGAUCUACCUAAGUUUGAGAAGACCUACACUUUAAGAAGAAAUCUCGGCGUUAUUGAAAUAUGUGAUGAAACAGGAAAUAUUGCUGAACAAUUCAGCAGAUAUUACAUUACAAAAGAGAAAUUCUUGUCUGACUCAGAACGUCUCACACAGAUGAUUGUUGAUGGUCCUUUAAAGUCCUUCUGUUAUCGUCGAUUGUCUUAUCUCCAAAACAAGUUCCAACUUCAUGUGCUUCUUAAUGAGCUCCGAGAGCUCCAUGAACAGAAAAAAAUCUCUCAUAGAGAUUUCUACAAUAUUCGCAAGGUUGAUACUCACAUCCACGCAGCUUCGUCUAUGAAUCAAAAGCACCUUCUUCGUUUCAUCAAGAAGAAGAUGAAAUUGGAGGCUGAUACUGUUGUUCUUGAGAAGGAUCAAACGCCAGUAACAAUGCAAGAAGUUUUCAAAGCUAUCGGAAUUGAUGCUUAUGAUUUAUCGGUUGACAUGCUCGAUGUUCAUGCUGAUCGUAAUACAUUCCAUCGUUUUGACAAGUUCAACACUAAAUAUAACCCAGUAGGAGAGUCUACCCUUCGUGAGAUUUUCAUAAAGACAGACAACUAUGUCAAAGGGAAAUACUUCGCCGAAGUUCUAAAAGAAGUCUUAUCUGAUCUGGAAGAAUCUAAGUACCAGCAAGCUGAACCACGUCUAUCUAUCUAUGGAAGAAGCAAAGAUGAAUGGGACAAGCUGGCAGGAUGGGCACUCAAUAAUGAUGUAUGGUCUCCCAAUGUCAGAUGGUUAAUUCAAAUUCCUAGACUUUAUGAUAUCUACAAGUCUAAAAAUAUGAUCAAAAACUUCGAUGAAAUCUUAGAUAACAUAUUUACUCCAUUAUUUGAGGUUACGAAUGAUCCUUCAACUCACCCAGAUUUGUAUCGCUUCCUCCAACAAGUCUCCGGAAUUGACUCGGUAGACGAUGAGUCGAAGCACGAAUUUGUGAAUUUUGAUCGUUCAACUCCUAGUCCUCCCGAUUAUAAAGACUCUGAGAAUCCUCCAUACAAUUACUACCUUUUCUACAUGUAUGCUAAUAUUUGUGCUCUGAAUGCAUUGAGAAGAGAGCGUGGAAUGUGUACUUUCUCCUUACGUCCUCAUUGUGGAGAAGCUGGACAUGUUAAUCAUUUACUAACAGGGUAUCUAACUAGUGAAAGUAUAGCUCAUGGAAUUUUACUCCGCAAAGUGCCAGUUCUUCAAUAUUUAUUCUACCUUACUCAAACGGGUAUCGCUAUGUCUCCACUUUCAAACAACUCACUGUUUAUAAGUUACCAGCGAAAUCCUCUUCCUGAAUAUCUUCAAAAGGGUUUAAAUGUUUCAUUAUCAACCGAUGAUCCUCUUCAGUUCCACUACACUAAAGAAGCUUUGAUGGAAGAGUAUUCUAUAGCUGCUCAGGUGUGGAAAUUGAGUUCAUGUGAUAUGUGCGAGCUUGCCCGUAAUAGUGUUCUUCAAAGUGGGUUUGAGGAUAAGGUUAAAGUCCAUUGGUUAGGACCAAACUACAAGGAGGAAGGAGUUAUGGGAAAUGACAUAAACAGAACUAACGUCCCGGACAUCAGAGUUUCCUUCCGUCAUGAAGCGUUGGUGGAUGAGCUAUGCAAUUUAUUCAGAGUUCAAGAUUUGAACGUUAGCGAAGAAACAGAAGAGUAG